AUGGCAGGGUCAACUACCGGCGCCGUCUUCCUGGCCCUGAUCAUCGCCCUCCUCGUAGUAAUCAUCAUCCUGCUCGGCGUCUGCUGGAAGUUCCUUGGGCCGGGCAUCAUGAGGAGGCUGCUCAGGCCGAGGAGAUGCCCUUCAGAGCUGCCCGAAUACUUCAGCGGCAACAUGAGCGGCAACCUGCGCACCAUCACCUACUUCGACUACGCGGCGCUCAAGAGGGCCACCAGGGAUUUCCACCAGAAGAACCAGCUCGGGAGAGGAGGGUUUGGGCCAGUUUAUCUGGGGAAGCUGGACUGUGGGAAGAAAGUGGCGGUGAAGCAGCUGAGCGUGGGCAAGUCCGGGCAGGGCGAGUCGGAGUUCUUCGUGGAGGUGAACAUGAUCACCAGCAUUCAGCACAAGAACCUCGUCCGCCUCGUCGGCUGCUGCUCCGAGGGCACGCAGCGCCUGCUCGUCUACGAGUACAUGAAGAACAAGAGCCUCGACAAGAUCCUCUUCGCCAGUAGCACAUCUCAAAGAGAAACUUGCGCAGGGGGUGAUGGGCUGCCGUUCCUGAACUGGCGCACCAGGCACCAGAUCAUCGUUGGCAUCGCGCGCGGGCUGCAGUACCUGCACGAGGAGUCCAACCUGCGCAUCGUCCACCGAGACAUCAAGGCCAGCAACAUCCUCCUGGACGACAAGUUCCAGCCCAAGAUCAGCGACUUCGGCCUCGCCCGGUUCUUCCCGGAGGACCAGGCGUAUCUCAGCACCGCCUUCGCCGGCACGCUGGGGUACACGGCGCCGGAGUACGCCAUCAGAGGCGAGCUGACGGUGAAGGCCGACACGUACAGCUUCGGCGUGCUGGUGCUCGAGAUCAUCAGCAGCCUGAAGAACACCGACCUCACCCUCCCCAACGAGAUGCAGUACCUGCCCGAACACGCCUGGAGGCUGUACGAGCAGAACAAGAUCCUGGAGCUCGUGGACGCCAAGGUGCAGGCCGGCGAGGGGUUCGAGGAGAAGGAGGUGAUGCAGGUGUGCCAGAUCGCGUUGCUCUGCGUGCAGCCCUACCCGGAGUCCAGGCCGGCCAUGUCGGAGGCCGUGCGGAUGCUCACCAUGAAGACCGACCAGACCAUCCCGCCGCCGGUCAAGCCGGCGUUCCUCGACAGGAAGAACCUCAACCGGGACAACAAGGACGCCGACACCUCCACCAUGGAGAUGAUGAGGUCGCCGGUGUCCUACUGGAUGAUGACGCCGUCUCCCGCUGUCGACAGGCCCUACGACAUGAGCUUCGGAAAAUGAUCCACGAUCACCGGUGCACUGCUGCCGUCCUAGCUCUCAGGGCAAAAUAUAGCAUUCUGGUGCUGCGUUUUGCCUGGCUAUCCUGUAGAUAUUAACAGUUUUGAGACGAAACAACAGUUUAUGUACCAAUGCAUGCAGCUUAGUGUGCUGCUUUGCUUCUGAUGAAAUAAAAUGUGUGACGUGGUGUGAGUGGUA